CAACCGUCGUGGGGUGAAUGUGUUGCAGCUCCGGACGCUCACGACCUCAUUAUUUACUUCCUGUUGAAAUCUCUGUUUACCAAGUUGGUGUAAGACUUAAGUGUGAGGAAACUCUUCCAGCGUGAGGUCUCGUGUGAGUGGCUAUGGAAACAGGCACCUGAGAUGUUAUUGGCAAUGGAUACGAAAGGUCAACAGAAAAUGCUUUUGUUUUAACCACAUAAAAGCAUGUCCAAACUAAGUGAAUCAAUCUCGUGACAAUCUACCGAGUGGACUUGCUUGACACUCAUCAUUACAAUCACAAUAAUCAGGCCGAAGGACUUUUUAACACAACAAAUAUACUAAAAUGUUGGAGUCGAGCUUCGACUGGGCGUCGGGAGUUCGUGGAAGCUUCACCUGGGUGGACUACCUGGUCUUCAGCGUGAUGCUGGUGGCGUCCUUGGCCAUCGGGAUCUUCUACGCCGUCAAGAGUCGCCAUAAGGCCAACGAUGAGUUCCUCCUGGGGAGUCGAAGCCUCACCUGCUUCCCGGUGUCCAUGUCACUCCUCGCCUCCUACAUCUCCGCCAUUUUGGUCCUGGGGGGGCCCUCUGAGGCCUACUACCAUGGCGUCCAAUGGUGGGUCAUCUGCUGCGGUCAAGUCGCCUUGCCUGUGGCAGCUAUUGUCUUCAUGCCUUUCUUCUAUGAGCUCAAACUUACAUCAGUUUAUGAGUACUUGGAGCUGCGGUACGCCUCCCGCUGGGUGAGGAGCGUGGCUGGGGGCAUGUUUGUGAUCCAGAUGUUGCUGUACCAAGCUGUGGUCAUCUACGCCCCGGCCCUCGCCCUCGCCUCCGUCACCGACUUCCCCCUCUGGGUCUCCGUCAUCACCGUCGGCGUCAUAGCCUCCGUCUACACAGCUUUUGGCGGCAUGAAGGCAGUGGUGUGGACAGAUGUGUUGCAACUCUUCAUCCUCAUCAUUGGACUCAUCGCAGUUAUCAUCAAGGGCCUCAUAGAUAUGGGCGGCUUCCAACGCGUGUGGGAGAUUAGUGUGCAGCACGACAGAGCCGGACCCCAGAUCUUCACGUACGGCUACGACCCGCUACAGCGCCACACCGUAGCUAACAUUGUCGUCAGUUCCAUCAUCGGGAAGCUGUCCCAGUACGCCUGUACGCAGACAACUGUUCAACGCUACGCCAGCAUGAAGUCCCUCUCUCAUGCCUACGCGUCCAUCUUCCUGGUGAUUCCUUUCUUCACCCUGCUUAUUUCCCUCACCAUGAUCGCUGGUCUGGUGAUGUUUGCGACGUACGAGGGAUGCGACCCCUUGGCGGCGGGUCUCAUUACUAAGAAGGACCAGAUCCUUCCCUUCUUCGUCAUGGACCGCCUGAGCUCAGCUCCUGGGCUCCCGGGCCUCUUCGUCGCCUGCAUCUUCUCCGGCGCCCUCAGUACCAUCUCUUCCGGGGUCAACUCGCAGGCAGCAGUGACCUGGGAAGACGCCUUCGCUAAAAUACCGAGAUUCGCUAAACUGUCCAGCACCGCACAAGCCUGGUUCACCAAGUUUCUGGCUCUGGGUUAUGGGUUCCUGGCGGUGGGUCUGGCCUUCCUGGCGGGGAACUUGGGAGGAGUUCUUCAGGCAGCCAUCGCUGUCACCUCCUCCGUGGCCGGACCUCUGCUGGCGGUGUUCCUCAUGGCUCUGUUUAUGCCCUUCACUAAUUCUAAGGGAGCCUGCACGGCGCUGAUCGUGGGUACCGGGGUAGCGUUGAGCUUCAGCUUCGGGGCCACGGCCAUUGGUCUCAAACCGGAGCUGCUGCCCACCUCCACUGACGCCUGUCCGGCCAACCUCACCAUCCCUCCACCCAAGGACACUAUCCCACUCAGAGUUUCUGACCUGCAGUACCCGCAGAAGAUGCUAGGUCUCUCCUACACCCAGCUGGGGCCCCUGGGCAUGAUGGUAGGCCUGGUGGUAGGGGUCGUUGUCAGCCUCGCUACAGGUAUGUCAGGAGGUCGGCGUGUGGAAAGGUCACUCGUGCACCCCUGGGUCAGGUUCAUCUUACCUCGCCCAGAGGUCAUCGACGCGAAGGUCAAAGCCCUCUCCUACGACAACAAGAUCUCAACGCAGUUUUAACGAAGGAACGACACUAUAUAUAGUCGCAUCUGUUCGUAAUAACCGAACGAAAAUGUGUUCGGAUAAUGAGAUUUUAUAUUAUUUAUUUCAGCCUUAUUGGUUGUGUAAUAUUGAAAUUCGAGUGUUCUUAGGAUGAUAUUAUAUGUUGUUGUUUAAGAUUCGCUACCUGGAACAAAAAGUUCCAUGUAGCACGGGCUAUGGUGAGCCCGUAGUGGACAUGGUAUUAUAUGAUUUCCAGGUUAGUGGAAAUUCGAGUUCUGCUCACACUCGGUGAGUACAAAUGUUCACUAUUGUAUUAUUAGGGGUAAAUGCACAAUAAAGUCACUAUAAUAUGAUGUAUCCAAAAAUAUUUGGGCCAUAUGAUGAGAUCGAACUCGCGAGCCUGGACUCCGCGGGAGUACUCAUGCCUAGCAACUGUCUCGCUUCAUGCAGGUCGGUGUUCAAUCCCCGACCGUCCAAGUGGUUGGGCACCAUUCCUUUCACUCCUCACAUUCCAUCCCAAAUCCUAAUCUUCAUCCCUUCCCAAUGCUAUAUAGUCGUAAAGGCUUGGCGCUUUCUCCUGAUAAUUCCCCUCCUCCCUUUCCUUUCUUUUAGCGUCGGCGUUCAAUCCCCACCAGUCGAAGCGAUUGGGCACUAUUUCUUCACCCCUCAUACCCCCAGCACACACACAAAACGAAUCACAACGUUAUUUUAAAGCCAUUAUGUUGUGAUAACGUUUUUAUUAAGCCAAAAAAACGUUAAAAAAACGUUGCGGUUAUGUUACCUGGAUGUGAUGAUGUGUGUCCGGCUGUCUCAAAUGGAAUUAACACCCACUGUUAAAUUUAUUGUGACUUGGUCCAUUAACCUAUGAUUCAUCAAGCAUUCAACACUGUAACUCAUCUAAUGAAUCUCAUAAACAAAUAUUAUCAUGUUCAGAAGUGACUCGAGUCUGUUCCACGAGAACAGACUCGUAUAUAUAACAGCCGGUGGAUAUUUGUGACUCAAAUAUCUAUUAACAUGCAAGCCACACUACUGAGUUAGAGAAAUGAAUUUCAUAAUAAACGAA